AUGCAGACGGAAGGCAGCAGUGCGCCGAAGCGCUCCCGGCGGGCCCGGCGGCGGGCGAAGUCCAGCAAUGAGGCGGCAGCAGCAGCAGCGGCAGCAGCAGCAGCACCUGCUGCAGCAGCAGGCCCCGCAGCAGCUGCAGCAGCAGCACCAGCAGCAGCUGCAGCAGCAGCCCCAGCAGCAGCAGCCCCAGCAGCGCUGUCCCUGAGGUGCGCAGGCCCCGCUGCUGGCCCUCCCGCCGGCCCAGGGGCCCCCGAGGCCCCCAAGCCGGAAGAAGCUGUGGGGAGAGAAAGCGCUGCUGCUGCUGCUGCUGCUGCUGCUGCUGCUGCUGCUCCGAGUUUGCUGCCGAUGGUGGCGACGCCGCUGGCGCGGCGCUUGCUGCAGAAGCUGCAGUGGGCCUACGAGGCGCAGCGCAGCGGCGUGAGGCCCCCCGUGCUGCUGCACGGAUUUCCGGGCAGCGGCAAAAGCUCUUAUGUGCGCUGGCUGGCCCACUUGGCUGGGCUAAAGGAGCCCCCUGUGAGUUUAUUUCUGGACCAGCAGACGGAAGCAAAGGACCUCGUUGGGACUUGGGUCUGCGGCCGCCGCGCGGGGGAGUUUGAGUGGCAAGAGGGCAUUUUGCUGCGCUGCGUCCGCCAGGGCCGCUGGGUGGUAAUAGAGCAGCUGCAGCAGCUGGCUCAGGACGUGCAUGCGCUGCUGCAUGCGUUGGCAGCAACGGGAGUUCUCACAGUUCACGAGCAGCAGCAGCAAAUCAAAGCUCACCCCAACUUCGCCCUCUUCGCGACGCUCGCUGCAGCGCCGCCGUUGCUGCGCCCGCCUGCUGGCCGCGCAGCAGCAGCAGCAGCAGCAGCAGCAGCAGCAGCAGCAACAGAGGAGACGUUGGAUGUCUCCUUGACGGCGCCGCCCCCCCGCCUGCCGCCGCUGCUGGCCUCUUGGGUGCUGCUGCAUGUGCCUUCUCCCUCAGCAGCAGAUGUUUUGCAAAUAGUGAAGACUGUGUUUCCUUUUGUGUCCCCUGCUGCGCACGCGCUGCAGCGGGCCUUCCGUGCUGCAGCAGCAGCAGCAGCAGCAGGUCUCUCACGGCCGGGGCAGCCGCCGCCCAGGGCUGUGCGGCUGCCGCAGCUGCGGGACUUCCUGAAGCUCUGCAGGCGGCUCGACAAGCUCGCGAGAAGCAGCAGCAGCAGCAGCAGCAGCAGCAGCAGCAGCAUGUUUGAGGGCUACUUGACGGACGGCGUGAAGCUGCGCAUUGUGGAAGAAGCCGCAACUGUGCUGCUGGGCCACCUGAGCGACCGGCUGCUGCGGCUGCGUGCUGCUGCUGCCUUUGGCCGCGAGUGGGGUGUCAGUGAAGAACAAGUGGAGGCCCUUUUGUUUGGCCAGAGGCCCACAGUCACUGACACGCCGGAGGCCUUAAGUGUGGGGCCCUACCUCUUGCCGAAGCUUUGCAGGCCGGCGCCGGCGGCCUGUGCAGCCCCCGAGGACGUCUUCGCCGCAGCAGCAGCAGAGCCGGCAGCAGCAGCAGCAGCAGCAGCGGGGGAGCCUGCUGCUGCUGCUGCUGCUGCUGCUGCUGCUGCCGGCAAGGCAGGAGGCUCUGGCUGGCUCACGGGGCAGCAGCUGCGGCUGGUGCAGCAGGCUGCGGGGGCGCUGCUGGCUGGAGAGCCGCUGCUGCUGGUGGGCGACACCGGCGCAGGCAAAACCUUCAUAGUGUCUUACUUGGCGCAGCAGCUGGGGGUGGGGUUGGUGGUGAUAAAUCUGCACCAGCAAAGUGAAGGCGAGGACUUGCUGGGCCGCUGGGUCCCCAGGCACCCCCCGCAGGAGGCUGCUGGGCUUUGGCGGCAGCUGCUGCGCAUUGGCGAGCUCAUGCUGGGGCCCCUGGGCCAGGAGGGGCCCCCGCAAGGGGCCGAAGCAGCAGCAGCAGCAGCAGCUGCUGCAGCGGCUGCUGCAGCUGCUGCAGGUCAAAAGUCAGGGAGGGAUGGGGAGGGGGAUGGCCCUCAGGCGAAAAAACGGAAGCAGCAAACUGAGACGGGCAACAGCAUUAUAGAGGCAUCUAGGCAAAUGCUGCUGCAGGCACGGAGAAUUGGCUCGCGGCUGCUGCAGCGGGAGGCAUAUGUGGCGCUGCUGCGGCUGGCCGCAGCAGCAAACACUGCCCUGCUGCAGCUGCUUAGGAAGCGGGGAGAUAUGCUGCCUGUCGUGCGGACGCCGCAGCAGCAGCAGCAGCAGCAGCAGCAGCGUGCAACAGCAGGUGAGCUGCUGGCGCGCUGCACUGAGCUGCAAACUUCUGUGUCAACUCUACUUGAAGAUCCAGCCCUGGCGGACUGCAGCGCAGCGACUCCUCGCAAGUUUGAGUCUUUGUUGGAUGCAUGCGGCUUGAGGGGCUUCUUGCCGCGGAGCGGGGGCUGCGGAGCAGCAGCAGCAGAGGCAGCAGCAGAAGGAGCAGCAGCAGCACCCGGCGCAGAAGCAGCAGCAGCACACCCGAGACGCCGCUGUCAGCUGCACUUCGCCUUCACAGAGGGGCCUCUUGUUGAAGCCGUGAGAACGGGACAGUGGCUUCUGCUGGAUGAAAUCAACUUGGCUCCUCCCGACUUGCUGCAGCGGCUGCUGGGGCUGCUGGACGAGCCUGAGGAGCCGCUGCUGGUGCUGGAGGGGGGCAAGCCGCGCCGGGUGUACAGACACCCCAACUUCCGAGUCUUCGCCUGCAUGAACCCGCCCACCCUCGCGCCCCCUCUCCGACUCGCAGAACACAAGCUGGAGUUCGAAGACGAGAACGAACCGCCCUCUGCAGACGGCCCUGACCAGCAGCAGCAGCAGCAGCAGCAGCAGCAGCAGCAGAGGGCUAAGGCGGCGUCUGCAGAAGGGUCUGCGGCUGUGGGCAAGCGGGAGCUUCCGGCUGAAGUGCGGCAGCGGUUCACAGAGCUGUUUGUGGACGACACAGACGGGCUAGAGGACAUAACAACAAUAGUGGAUGCGCACUUGCGGCCUUUGAGCGCCGACCCUCCCUCUCGCCUUGUGGCUGAGGUGUACAUACACCUGAGGUACUUGGCAGAGGCAGGGCAGAUCCUAGAUGGCAACAACAAAACUCCUUGCUACUCUCUGAGAACCUUAUCUAGAGCUUUACAGCACGCAGCAGCCGUGGCCCAGCGCCGGCUUCGCCCGCUGCAGCUACGUGCUGCACUAAGGGAGGGCUUUGCUGCUCUCUUCGGCUCUUCGCUGAGCCCCCACAGCGCGUCCAGAGUCGAAGAAGUCCUGGCGAAAGCGCUGAAGGAGCCGCGGCUCCAGAGGCCUACAGGGAGUGCGGCAUGCAGUGUAGAUAGGGCAGCCUCACAAGCUGCACGAGGUGUGGGAGCUGCUGCUCCGCCCCUGGAUCUGCAGCUGCUGCCCACGCCGCCUGGAGAACACCCCCAAGUUUCCAUUGAGGGCUUUAUUGUGCGCAGAGGUGACGAGCCGAUAGCUGUAGAGACACUGAAGAAGAGUUUCGUAAUGACGCCGCGGUCUGCGGUGUACGUACGCCGUGUGGCUCGGCUGCUGAGCGGCAGCCGCUGCGCGUUGCUGCUGGAGGGCCCCACAUCUUGCGGAAAGACAUCUUUGGUGUCUUUUCUGGCGGCUGCUACUGGGCACAAAUGCGUGAGAAUAAACAAUCACGAAAAUACUGACAUUCAGGAGUACGUUGGCAGCUACGCCCCAGACCCACACGGCAGACUUGUCUUCACAGAGGGGCCGCUGACUCUGGCGGUGCGCCACGGCUGGUGGGUUCUGAUUGACGAGCUGAACCUCGCGCCCUCCGAAGUCCUAGAGGCUCUCAACCGUCUCUUAGACAACAACCGCGAGCUGGUCUUGACCACAACUGGCGAAGUCAUAAAAGCCCACAGCGACUUCCAGCUGUUCGGGACUCAGAAUCCAGCGGGUCUUGGGGUUUACGGGGGCCGCAAGAUGCUGAGCAAGGCCUUAGCCAAUCGUUUUUUGCAGCUGGAGAUUGAGGAGUUGGGCGAAGACGACCUCCGACUCAUUCUCAUGAACAAAUGCAAACUCCCCUCUUCCAGGGCAGAGCCCAUGCUGCGCGUCUACAGGGACCUGCAGCAAAGAAGAGCCAACAGCUCAGUGUUUUUCGGCUCUCAUGGUUUCAUGACCAUCCGCGACUUAAUUAGGUGGGGACGGCGCGUGGGGAACUCUCCUUUCCAGGAGCUCCUUCAUAACCAGCAGCAAAACCAGAAGCAGCAGCAGCAGCAGCAGCAGGAGGUUCGUGAGUACGCACCCACGUCGCUGGAGGAGGUCGCGCUGGAGGGGUGGCUGCUUGUGGGUGAGCGGCUGCGCACUGAGGAGGAGAGGGCCACAGUGCGCCAGUCUUUAGAAAAACACUGUCUCAACUCAACUCCAGCAAAGCCUAAACAGUUGCUUGUGGAUUAUGCAACGGAUCCAUAUGUUGCUGCCUUCCGCCGACUGCUGGACAGAAAGAUUGAGUGCUGCAUGCAGCAGCAGGCUGCGGCUGCUGCAGCUGCUGCGGAAGCAGCUGCUGCAGCACAGAGAGCGGCUGCGCUUGACGCCGGCCCGGAAAGGGAACGAUUGGAAGCCGAGGCUGCUGCAGCUGCCUCAGAAGCAGCAGCUGCAGCAGCAGCUGCAGAGCUUCCCCCUUUCCUUCCGUUUUCCUUCAAUAAUGCCUCCUUCAGGUUACUGGCCCUUACGCUGAGGGCCCUUGCAGCCUCUGAAAGUCUUCUUUUGAUUGGAGACACAGGGGCUGGGAAAACUGCCGUGUGCGAGUUAGUGGCUUGGACCCUGCGGCAGCGGCAGCAACCGCCGCAGCAGCAAGACCAGCAGCAGCAGCAGCAGCAGGGCCAAGAGCUAGAAGACUUGCUGCGACAGCGUUUGUAUCCAAGUGGUAUGUAUGUCUACAACUGCCACUUGCAGAUGGAGGCAUCGGAGCUAUUGGGUUGCAUGACUCCGGUUCACCAGGGCGAGCUGCAGCAGCAGCAGCAGCUUGCUGCUAUGGUGCAGACUGAGGUUCUUCGCAUGCUGGAGCAGCCACCAGACCCAGACGAGCUGCUGCCUGACUGGAAGCAACGCGAGCAAGCAGCAGCAGCAGCAGCUGCUGGAGAUGCAGCCGCAGCAGGGACAUCUGAAGCAGCAGGAGCAGUAGAGAGGGGCAGCUCGUCGCGUGAGCUGCUGCUGCGGUUCUAUGAACUGCUGCAGUCGGAAGCAGCAGAUGUGCUGAUCUGCUUGAGGGCCGAAAGAUACCGUAUAGAUGACAGUGCUGCAGCGGAUGAAGAAGAUGCCAGCCUCUUUUCAAGGGCCCUCAACAGGGCCACCAAGAACGCUCAACAGCAGUUACUUAAAGAGACACAGGAAGCAGCAGCAGCAGCAGCUGAGAAAGAAACGGAACUGAGUGAGCAGCUUCAGGCAGCCAAGCAAAAGCUGCAGCAAAAGCAAUGCCUGCAGCAACAGCUGCAGCAACAGCUGCAGCUGUACCAAGAUCAGCGGCAACGUGAGGAGCAGCAGAAGAUCACCGACGACGGCGACGCCAGUGAGGCUAUGCAGCAGGAGCAGCAACAGCAGCUGCAGCAGGGGAGUACAGCAGCACGAAAACGACAACGCAAAGGGGUCAGAAAUCGUGCAGCAAAGGAAGCAGCUGGCGUUGCUGCUGCUGACUCUCAGCAAGUUGCAGAAGCAGCACAAAAGAGACGCCGAAAGGCAACAGAAAAUGUAGAGACUGCAGCAGCAGGGGCAGGAGAAGCACGGACAACCUAUGGGGACAAGCAGGCUGCUGAGCCAGCAGCAGCAGCUCAUGCUGCUUCUGCCAGCGACGUUGAUGGUGAAGAAGCCGCCGCAGAGGCAGCAGCAGCAGCAGCAGCAGUAAGUGCGGCGGAGGAUGAAGUGUCGUUGCGUGCAUCAGCCUGUGCUGCUGCUGCAGCAGCGUUUGCAGCUCGCGCUGCUGCUAGCGAGACUGCUGCUGCACUAGUAAACCGGUUCUGCGAGCUGCUGCGGCAGCGCUGUGCUGCGUGGCUGGCAGCAUGCAAGGGGACCCGCCGCCUGUUCUGCUGGCGUGAUGGACCAUUGGUCAGGGCCAUGCGCGAGGGGGCCUUCUUUCUUCUUGACGAGGCCUCCCUAGGCCAAGACGCAGUUUUAGAGCGGCUGAACUCAGUGCUUGAGGACGGGCGGCACCUGCUGCUGACAGAACAGGGGGCAGCAGGAGCAGCAGCAACGGGCGAAACAGCUGAUCGUGACGCAGAAGCAGCAACAGGGGCCCCUGCAGCAGCAGCAUCGGCGGGGGUAAGCGUAGAAGCUGCUGCAGGCUUCCGCUUCAUUGCAACAAUGAACCCUGGAGGGGACUAUGGCAAGCGCGAGCUGUCCCCGGCUUUGCGCAACCGCCUGACGGAGGUGUACGUACCGGCCUUCAGCUUCCAGGCCCCAGACGCUGUGCUGCUGCUGCUGCAGCGCCUCCAGCACACGUGUGUCCGCGGCCUGUGUCUGCCGCAUGCAGCAGCAGCAGCUGCGGGAACCAGCGAAAAAAAGACGGGGGAAGCGACUCAAAUGCAGCAAGAAAUCACAUUGUUGUUGCAACAGCAGAAGCAGCAACAGCAACGAGAAGGCAGCGCCGAGGACUUGCCUCUCAACUUACUGGCUGCGCGCCUGCUGCUUGUGCUGCGGUGGGUGAGACAGUACAUUAAGCAGCCGCUCUCCAUUCGUGAUGCAUUUUGCUGGAUUUGUUUUAUCCACAGGUUUGUAGCUUCCAAUCUGCGGCAACCAGCAGCAGCAGCAGCAGCACCUGCUCCAGCAGCUGUAGCAGCAGCUGCUGCUCGGUGGGCGGUGCAGGGUUUCAUACAUGGGGGGUGCCUGCUGCUGCUGGAUGGCCUGGGUGUAGGGGCAGAGCUGCAGUUAUCGCAGCAGCAGCUUCAGGAGUUGGCGGAUGACUAUGUAAAGGCUGAGAUAGACCUCAGCAAUGCGCAUGCUCUGCAUGCACCCCAGCAGCAGCAGCAGCAAGUGCAACAGCGGCUUCAGCUGCUCCAGAAACAGCUGCGGCAGCAGCUCGAGGAAGCUGUGACGCAGCCACAGAGAAGGCCACAUCUAGGCAUUUUGCUGCUUCUAAAAGCGCAUGCUUGCCGCCUUUACCGCGAGCUUGGCCUCUCCAGAUACAACGAACUGCCUCAGCAGCAGCAGCGACCCCAGCAGCACGAUAUGACAGGCCCUUUUUGGGAGACGACGUGUUCUUCAUUUGAUGAAGACGGGUUUGCAUGGGUCUCUGCUGCUCUGACUGAUGAGAAACUAAGUGGAAAAGAAGCAGAGGCGGCGCUGGAAGUGGGUCCUUUCAGCCUUGCCGCUUUCAAGCAGGUCCAGCAGCAGCAAAGCCUGCGGCAGCAGCAGCCGAACGAGGAGGGGCUCCCGGAAGUCGUGAAGUCGCCGUCCGUAAGGAAGUCUCUAGGAAGGCUGCUGCGUUGCUUGCUGCUAAUCCAGCAGCAGCAGCAGCAGCAGCAACAGGGCAAGCUGGCGUCAGGACUAGGGGGCCUCGGCAGCAGCUCUGGGCGGCACGCGGUGCUGUUGGAGGGUCCCCCAGGGGCCGGCAAAACGUUUGUAGUGGGCCUUCUGGCGCGGCUGUGUGGACGUCGUCUUGUGCGAAUCAAUUUGAGUGAAGACACGGAGCUCGCGGACCUUUUAGGAGCUGUUGUCCCUAGCGCAGAAGUAGAAGAAAGCUACGAGGCUGAGGGCUCCCCAGAGGCCGCCACGCAGCGACAGAAAAAGCCUCCUUUUGUGUGGACUGACGGAGUGCUGACCCGCAACCUGCGUGCGGGCAAUUGGAUUUUGCUGGACGAGCUGAAUUUGGCGCCGCAGCAGACGCUGGAGGGCCUUAACCCGCUGCUGGACCACAGGCGCUGUGUGUACUUGCCGACCCCAGAGGAUCCUCUCAGUACCAAGAACAAAGACGCAGCAAACAAAGACGCAGCAGCAAAAGCUGGAGGGACAGAAGCAGCAGUAGCUGGAGGGGAAGCAAACAAGGGAGCUGCUGUCUAUGCACCUCCAGGGUUUGUUCUCUUCGCCACGCAGAACCCUCACGCGACAACAGCAGCUGCUGGCGUUCAGACAACAAGACGCACAAGUGCAAAUAACAAAUGCGUUAUGGAAGACGAUGAGGAAGAGACUGUUGCAGAUUUGCUGCGUCUCCUUGGACUGCCGGAGAGCCUCGAGGGCACAGCCUUUAAACGGCACAGCAGCAGCAGCGGCAGCAGCAGCAGUGGCGGCAGCAGCAGACCCUGCAGCAAAGCUGUGGAAGGCAGGAAAGGCCUUCCUCAGUCCCUUUUAAAUCGCUUUUGUAGAGUGCGCGUCGAUGAAAUGCUCGAGUCGGACAUGAUCGCCAUCGCCCACAAGCUCCUAACCUGUCUGCAGAGCAAACAGGAGCAGCAGGAAGAGCGGCAGCAACAGCAGGGACAGCAACAGCUUCGGCAGAAGCAACGGGAGGAACAGCAGCAGCUUCCAAAAGAAGGGACGCGUGAAUCGGCUCUGGCUCUUGCUAAGGAGCCCCAGCUGGGGCUGCUGCUAAGUGCAUGCUUUGUCCGCUGUGUUCGUUUGUUGGGGCAGCUGGCCUUAGAAAGACCUUUUCAGGGCCUGGGCGAUACCGUCUUCAACUUGAGAGACGUCAUGCGGGUUGUCAGGCUUUUCGCAAACAAACUGCCCUCAGCAGACCCGCGGUCUGCUGCGGCUGUGGCGUUGCUCUCGCGAUUGAGGAUUUCAGACGAUGUGCAAGCAGCGGCUUCUGUGCUGCUGCUCUGCUUCCCGCCGCGGCUGAUGGAGCUGCUGCAGGCGCGCAGGCAGCAGCAGCAGCAACAGCAACAGGAGGAGUUCCUCGUAGACGCUGUUGCUGCGCUGCUGUGCCCAGCAGUGGCGCCCGUAGCCGUGCUGCGCUCAGUGCAGCCGCAGCUGCUGACAGCCAGCAACAAGCUUUCGCUUCUGGCCGGAGGGCAGCAGCCUCUUGAUUUAUUCGUAAGGGGUGCAACUGUUUCUCUAGGAAACAUGGUGCUGACUCAGCUCUCCCAGCCUGCUGAAGGUCCGCAGCAGCAGCAGCAGCACCCGAAGCAGCACAAGUUGGCCAGCGGAUUGCUGCUGCACUCACAAAGGUCCUGCAUGUCAGCAGUGGCAGCAGCCUUGGCAGCAAACUUUCCAGUGCUGCUGACUGGAGAGAGAGGCGGAGGGAAAAGCAGCAUUGUGCGGUGGCUGGCUGCAGCAUGGGGCUCUGAGCUGUGCGAGGUGCAGCUGGCGCCCUCAGUAGACACUUCAGACUUGCUUGGAGUGUACAGACAGAUACAGCCGAAACACAGACUUCUUCAGGCAGCUCGAGCAGCAGACGAAGUUGCAGAGGCGCUUCAACGACAGCUAUGCCGAAGCACGGUAUCGACACGAAUGCAGCAGCAGCAGCAACAACAGGGGCAGAAGCAGCAGUGGAGGAAUGGCAUUGGUGGGGAUCCGGCGAAGCAACUUGGAGACCUUCGAGCCUUUGCUGCUGCUGCAAAGGAGAAACUGGUGGAGGCAGUGGACGCAGAGGCUGCUGCCUGUGCCACAGCGGACGGGCCAAGAGCAGCUCCUGAAGCGCAGCAGCAGCAGCAACUGCAACAACGGCUUGCUGAGGAGACUGCAGCACUGCUGAAUGCGUGCGAAAAGGCUGCGACUACUCUCUGCAGUGGACUGUCUGGUGACAUAGAUGGCAACUCACCAUCAACAGCAACGAUAGCAGACUUUGCUGCUGUACAGCGGCGUCGCCAGCAGCGAGCUUGGCGGCUUCUCUUCCAGGGCUGCACUCUCGCCGGCCUGACGCGCUUUUUGGAAUCGGUUUCAUCAUCCUCUGCUGCAGCAGCUGCUGCUGCUGCUGCAUGUUGCCAAGAAGAAAUGAGUCAGUUUGAGUGGGUGGACAGCGCUCUGGUUGCUGCUGUUCGUAAGGGGCAGUGGCUGCUGCUGCGAGAUGCCCACCUGUGCAAUGCUUCUGUCCUGGACAGGCUCAAUGCGCUGCUAGAGGACGGGGGGUCCCUUCUGUUGACUGAAGGUGGAGCUCCAAGAGAAGUCAAAAGGCACCCCAACUUCCGCAUUCUACUGACAGCAGAGGCAGCCAACACGCAUCUCCUAUCUGCAGCACUGAGAAACAGGUGCUGCGAGAUCUACGUGCAUCCCCCAGGCACACCAGCAGCAGGAGCUUCUGCUGCUGUGGCUGCAGAGCAGCAAUCCCGAGCUGCGGCCGCGGCCACAGCAAAAAACAGUGGAGCAAAAGAUAGACCAGGGGCGGCGACAGAGUUGAGCGCAACAGAAGUGCCAGAGGCACGGCAGCCGCUGCUUCUCCAGGGGCUGACUGAGCAACUUUUGCAGAACCUUGCAGCUCUUCUGAAGGGCUGCGGGGCUCCAAAAGCAGCAGAAUCAAGUGAAAAUAGUGCCCUUGAGUUGCUGCUUUCUCGAUGGUCCUACUCAUUAUUUGCUGCUGACUCAGAGCUAACUGCAGAUGGAGGGGAGGAUACAGAGGUUACAAAAGCUGCUGCAACUCUGCAGGUCGCAGGAGCGUUUGUGGCGUUUUGUCUCAACAGCGCGCAACUUCUUGCCAGCACCGGCGUGAGCAGCACUGAGAGUACUUACAGCAGCAGCAUUUGCAACCCGAGGCUCUGUCCGCUUCUGCUGCAGGACAGCUAUCGUCUUCUUUUGGCAGGAGAUGCAGGAUAUCUUUCCCCGGCUGCUGCAGAAGUGAUGGCGCUGCAGCACACAGCAAUGCAGCUGCUGCUGCAGCUGCUUGGUGACGAAGCCGCACUGUCGCUUUUUGCACAUCAUCUCCAGAGCUUUUUGUCUGAUAAUCCGCAACACCACCAAGCCGAUGUGGAGAACCAGCAGCAGCAGGAGCUGAAGCAGCGACUGCAGCAGCAAGUUGUCAAGGACCUGCAGAGCCUCAAAGACACUUUGGGGGUUGAUGCUAUUGCUGUUGGAUUUGCAGGGCUGCAGCGCCUCGCACGCGGAGUCGCAGCAAAGAGCGGCAAAGAUGCAACAGCAGCAGCGGCAGCAAGCUGGAGAUGCCUGCAAGGAUGGGGCAGCGCCUACGCUGCCUCCCAAGCCCAAACUGCUUCUAAUAGAAAGCCUGAAGCAGCACCAGCAGCAGCAGCCGCACCGCUAGAGUCAGAGCGGCGCCGUGAAAUAUGCUUAGACCAUCUUUUUCAGUGCUUCCUGUGGCAGUACACGGCAGCUCUCGACUCGUCAGCCACCUGGCGGCUGCUGCUGCUGCACAUGCUUGCCGCAUGCUGCUGCUGCUGUUCGCCUUCUGCAUCUGAGGAAGCAGUCCAAUCAUCAUGCGCAAUUCAGGAGAAAAAACACCACAGCAGCAGAAGCGGACGCAAGGGGCUGCUGCAGAGCAGCGACUGGGAGGUCCUGCGCGGGGCUGUAGAGCGACACCUGCUGCACCAGAAGUGCAGCGGCCACAGCUGCAGCAGCAUUGGCGGUGCAAUAUUAUGGGCAUCCGUUGCAUGCGAAGUUUCUUUCGUGGAGAGUGUGUUUGCUGUUUGCGCUGAGAAAGCCGAUGAAGGGCUGCCGCUGCUGGCUGCUGCUCUGCGUCUCUUUUUGUGGGGAGCAACUGACGACAAGGAUCUCUUGCAUCGUGUGCAAGUACUUGAGCAGAUGCAGAAGCAACAGCAGCGGGGCGGCCCUGCUGCGCAGUAUCUUGAAGCUGCAUGUAGCGCCUUGCGUGACGUUGCAGAGGAGCCUAUUCUUCUGCCUGCAGCGGCUGCAGACGCAGCAGCAGCAGAAGCAGCAGAAACAUGUGGUAGUGCUGUUGCCCAUCUCCAUGGUCAGUCUCUGCUAUAUGCAGCAGGGCGCCUGCUAGAAACAAACUGGGCCCCUACCCGGUCUAAGCGGCUCCCCACAAAGGACAGUAGUGAUGUGCAAGAGCAGCAACGGCAGCAGCUGCGCCAUUUAUUGCUCCAGAAUCUCAUAUAUUUGCAGCGCGUGGAGUGCAUGGCUAUGCUGCUGCCUCAGCGGUUGCUGCUGCUGAAUACGCAAGCGAGUAACAGCACGGCUGCGGCAAGGAAGUGCCCUUGCUGCAGUUUGAAAGGGCUGGAGGCUUCUUGGUGUCUUUUAUUUGCAUGCAUCAGCUCGGCAGAUCAGGAGGAGGCGUUGAUGCAACCUGAAGAAGCCAACGCAACUGCUGCAGAGGUAAUGCGCCAUCUGUUUGACGGCCUUAGGCAACUGGCAAGCCCCACUUUGACAGCAGCAGCCGGCGUGCUGCGUGCGCGGCUGGCCACUGCAGCAGAACCUGCUGCUGCUGCUGCUGAGGCUCUGUUUAAUGGGCUAAAGGAACAGUGCAGGCAUCUUGCGCGCUGUUUCAGCGCCUGGGUGGCUCUUCUCCAGUUAUUGUCCCUUCCGCUCUGUGGGCGGUGCCAGCACAUAGGCGAAGCAACGCCGCACAGCACCAGCAGCAGUAACAGCAGCGAUAGCAGGAAAUGGAGACCGCUGCCUGGGACUCGCGAUAAGAUGCGGAAGCUGCUGGAGGCUCUUGGAGCGUCAGUGUCUCUCCGGAUUGAUAUGUUCGUAGAGAGCCUGCAUGCAUUUGUAGCGUCAAGUGACUCUGCAACUUCCGCAAUUAGAUAUCUCAGGGGACACGAGGACUUAAAGUCAGCUGCGACCGCUGAAGCAACAGCAGAGUUUGUUGCUGCUGAACUUAUUUCGCCUUUACAGCUUAUGCAGGGAAAAUUCACUUGUGCAAGCGGCUCCAUAGGCCUGCCGGUUUUGGCAGAGGAAGCAGAAAAUGAUUUGCUCCAGCCGUUUGAGAAACAGCCGCAGCAUCUUUCACUGCAACAGCAACGCCCCGUAAAGCUGCGAGCAGCAGGUGGGCUGUGGGGCACAGAGUUGCAAGGUGCUGCUUGGCCCUGCAGCAGGUGGAAGUGUUUGGUGCCUGUCCAGCUGGGGCAGCACGAGGCCCGAACUGUUCAAGGUUGGCUGCUGCGCGAGUUGCUCAAUGCAGCAGUUCUUCGCAUUUCUUUAUCUGUGGAUUCCGCAACAGCAGCGGCAGAAGCAGCAGGCCUAGCAGCAGCAGAAGCAGCUGGUUCGACAAAUCAGACUAUGUCCUUGAUAAGCGCAGAGCAGCAAGGAGCUUUGCUGUUUCGCCGGUUUGCAUGCACAGCCCCGUCUUUAGGUCUAGCUGUCGACUUGCUGCUGCACACAGGAAGCCCUUCAGAGGGUAGCAUCGUUCAGUACGCCUCUGAACAAGAACAGCAGCAGCAGCAGCAGCGGCUGCCACAGCCGCGUGCGCUCCUGCUGCAUGCGUCUGCGCUGCAUGCGCUGUUGCUGAGCAGCUGCUUACUGCGGGCCGAAGGCCGUACAGAGGCAGCGGAGCGACUAGAGACUCGUGUGUGCGAUACGCUGUUACCUUCGUACGAGCCAAAGACAGGAGUGACUGCUGCUGCUGCUGCUGCUUCGUCUUUGCUGGUGAGCAAGAGGCAACGCAGAGCCGCAGCUCUGCGUGCAGCUGCUGCUGCAUUGGGGCUGCUUGACAGCCAACAUCAGCACUGGGUUUGUCUUAGCAGCACGUCCAUGGUCUCAGUCAGUUUGCUGCAGGCGCAGUUAGCAGCUGCUGGUGCAGUUCUGCUGGGGGUGCAGCAAGCAGGGGAGUUGCUGCUUCUGCAUCUAUGUAUGUACUCAAACGUUCAUGGUAAUGAUGCUUCUGUUGCUGCUGAGCUUCCAAACCAUGUUGCUGCUGCAGCGCUGGGCUCGGCACUGCAAAAAGCUGUGCAGAUGCAGCUGCAGCAACAGCAGCAGGAGCUGCUGCCUGUUUUUUCUGUUCCCGCUGCGGCCAUCUCGGCUCUACAUUUUGGAGAUGCGUCAAGUGCAUGCAGCAACUCUUCUAUGGCAGUGCCGGUGCCUCCGUCUCUUCUGGAAGCACCCGCCGUUUUCACAACCAGCGUCUGGGAGCAGCAGCAGCAGCAGCGAGUGCCUGCGAAGCAGCAGUUCGGUGGAAGCAUGUAUCAGCAUGCAGCUCACGUUGUUGCAUGCGCCGCCGUAGAGGUUCUGUCUUUGAUGUGGCGGACGGAAUUGGACAUACAGUGCAACGAUGCAUUCGGCCUGAGACGUGUGCUGCACCUGCAGCAGCAGCUUCAAGAUCUGCGUCCAGCUGGGAAAGAUGCAAAAACUGGGCUAGAUGCAGCAGCACUAGCGACAGGUGCAGGUUUAGAACAUUCCGUGGCUUUGCUGCAGCCGCAGGCCUUGGGUCGUCUUGCAGAAGUAGCCGGCGGAAUGCGGGGUGCAGCCGCAGCAGCAGCAGAUGCCCAUCGCGCUGCCUCAGGACCCCUGCUGCGGAGCAGGCAUCUGCGAGCGGGUCUUCUUGAGACAAUGGCUGGGGAGAGCGCUUGCACGUGCACUGCACGAAUUGUUCUUGAAAUACAAGAGCACGCGACUGUCUCUUCAGCAGCAGGUUGUUUCCUGGUGCUGCAGCGGCUGCGGCGGCAGCUGCAGCGCAGAGACAGGCACAGCAGAGGCGCAGGCAGGCUACUGUCGGUAGGUGCCUCAAAGGAGACAUUGGAAGAAUUGGACAAGAAAGAGCUCGCACUGGAUAUGAGCAAGGAUUACCCUGCAGCAGCUACAGCAGCUGCUGCUGCACAGUGGGCAGCAGUGUUCGGUUUCGCUGCAGCGCUUUGGUCAUUCUGUUCCUGCUUUAGCAGCAGCGGAGACGCUGGGGAAAGAAACUGGAAAAAACUGUCUAGGGAGGGAAAACAGGCACCUGAGGACAGCAGCAGAGAUAGUGAAGAGACAAAAGCUGUUUUGCAUGCAAUUAGAGAAGCUUGGUGUGGACUUGCGGGGUUGCUGAGGGGUGGGGCUGCUGCGGAUGUUUCAGCAGCAGCAGCAUGCUCGACAGCCGCUGCAGCAAAGCUGCGCGCAGCCGUGAAGCGUAUGAAUGAUAGAGUGGAGACUGCAGCAGAGGGACCAUCAUCUGCUGUUGCCGCUGCUGAGCAAAGUGAAGGAGCAACAAGAGCGCGCAGCUUGGAUCCCGGUCGAAGCGCACUUGCCUCUCUGCUGCUUCUUGUGCAGCUGCUAGAGGACUGCGCAGCAGCAAAAGACCCCUUGGUGCUGCUGCAGGGCAGCGGUGGCAAACGACGGCGGGGCCUGCUGCUGCUGGUGCUUGGCAGGUGGGCAGUGCUCACUGCAGCAGCAACAGCUGCAGACCUUCUGCAGCAACGACGGGACGUUAUCGCGUGGCGCAGCGCUGUUGAGACAGAAUCUGAAAACUAUGAGCUGGAGAGAGAGGCGCUGCUGCUGCGGGCCGCGGCACUGGAUGGCACCGUCGGCUUGCCCUUGGGAAUAGGGGGAAGUACAUCUGUUUCUGCAGCUCUUGCUGCUGAGGCGGAGACGCAUGCUGCUGCGCUUCGGCAGCUGCUGCAGCAGUCUAGCAAUGCAGAUAGUUUGCUGCAGCAAAUAUCGCGCUUGCUGCCCGUCCAUGCUUCAGACAUUCCAGCAGACGUCGCCCGUCGCCUGACAUCACAGCUGCUGCCGUCAGCAGCAGCAGCAACAGCAGACACAGAAGCAGUAGGAAAGGACAAAACAGCUGCUGCGCAGCAGCAGGUGCUGGAGCGCAUUAGCCGCAAGUGUGUUGUGGAAGCGCCACCCGAGGUGGCACUAGCCAGCUGGCUCGAGGACCUUCUUGAAUUUGUGCGAAGCACGCUGGAUGCAAAAAUCUUGAUCUCCCUGCUGCCUGAGUUGGAGCCGCUGCUGCGUGAGGAAGACUGCGCCGGGGCAAGUGGCAGGGCCCCAGUGUCUUCUGCUGCAUCGGCUUUAAGGACAGCAGCAGAAGCAGCUGCUGCGUGCAGCAGCAGACUCGCUGCAUCACACCCCUUCCUCGUUGCUCCUGCUGUUCGAACAGCAACGACGGGUCUCUGGGCAGUUGCAAAGGGCUUUUUAGACACUGCAGCGGCUACAGAGGAGCUACCCCCGCCACAGCAUACAGAGCAACAACAGCUAAAAGCGCGGCAACAGUUGCUGCCGACGCCUUCUGUGGCUGUGCUGCUACAGCGAACAGCCGCGUUUCCAGCUGUGCCUUUUGCUGCGAUGACGGCGGCCAGUGUCAGUGAGGGGACGAGCGUACUGCAACCGCUGCAGCGAGCUCAGUGGCUUCUUUUGUGGUUGUGUGCCGAAGCAGCAGGAGCUGCAGCAGGAGCUGCAGGAGAAGUUGCAGCGGGAGCUGCAGCAGGAGCCACGAAGAAAUCCGUAGAAACAACAGCAAACACCAGUAAUAAUUUCUCAUUGUGCUUCGCUGGUGCACGCGGGUCUCUGGCGCUGUUGCUGCAAGAGAUAUCACAGCGGCACUUGGCCUGGAGGCGGCAGCAGGAGAUCGCCGCAGAUGAAACAGCCACGCUGCUGCAGCGCCUUGAGGGCCUCGUGGUUGACCGUGCAGCAGCAGCAGCAGCGGGUAAGAGUAGAGGCGAUGCAGAGGCGGCCAAGGAGCUUUUCCCCUGCAGUGCAGAAUGGAGGAAAAAUGAGCAGCAGCAAGACCAGCUAGAGCUGCAGCAAGAGGAAACGGACCAAGAUCGCACGCAGUACACAUCAUGGUGUAGUCAGAACGUCGCUAACAGAGAAGAAGAAGAAAGUCUAAGGGAGAAGCAGCAGCAGCAGCUCGCGCUACAGCAGCUGGAGGGCCUUACCGAGGCGGACCUGCUGCAUCUGUGGGGCCGCGCCGUUGAUACAGCCUUUGCCUGGAGCAGCAGCAGCAGCGGCCCACGAGAAGUCGACGGCGAGCUUGCAGCAACAACAGCAUACCGCGAGGCACUGACUGGCUCGUUCUGCACUUUGCUGCAUUUGUACAAUGCGGGGACAGCCGCAGUUCCCGCAGGAGGCCCCGAAGCUGCUACGAAAACGGGCGAAGUGGUGGCGCUCCCGGAGCUGGAUGGGCCCUGCGCGCCUUACAUGCAUGCGCUUUUGUCGCAAACUGCUGCGUACAUCAUAGGUGCCUCGCCACGUCAGCAGCAGCAGCAGGAGCAGCAGCUGAAGCAGCUGCUGCUGCAGGAUGAAGAGGCAACAUCGGAAAGGCAGCAGCAGAGUGAAGACCCAGAGGCUUCCGAGAAGGGCGAAGAGGCGGAUGACGUCGAGCAGCAGCUGCAACAGGAAAGGCUACAGCAGCAACGGGAGCGCGCCCGCAAAAUGCGCUUCGCGCAGUUGUGCCGCAGCAUUACAUCGGCAAGUGGCAGCAGCAGCAAGAGCGGGAGCAGUUCGGCUGCAGCAAGCUCGUUUUAUGCUCGCGGGAACCCUGUGCUGCUGCAGCCUAUGAGUCGUGCUGUGCAGCAGUUCCAGGAAGCUUCUGUAGCUUUCACUGCAGUAGUAGAAGACCACCCUGUUUUGCAGGGGCUGCUGCUGAUAUCGCAGCGGGUUGCUUCUCUCAGCCUCCUAAACACUUCUCCAGCCGACGCCCUGGCGGCCCUGGAGGGCCUCCUAGACAGAGCCACAGCCUGGCAGAAGGCCAUAGACAGGCACCACUUGGCCCACCUCAUAGCUGUGCAUCUGCGGCUGCCUGUUACUGAUGAGGCGGCGACGGAGCCGCUGCAGGAAGCGCCGCAGGAGGGAGUCGCGGGGGAUGGUUCGAAAUGUGAGGCCCAGAGCGAGGGGCAGAACAGCAAAGAACUUUCAAGCGCCCGUGCGGCUUUCCAGCAACAGCAGCGGGCAGCAAUGCAAGCAGCAGAAGAGCUGCUGCGGCGUUUUGACCUUGCAGUGCUUGCUGUGGAGAGACAGGUGCUGCUGCUGCGUCGCCGUCAGCUGCUGGAGUGGCGCUUCUUGAGGGAAUUCAGGGAACAGCGCAUGCAGCAGCAGAGUCUCCACUUCGCGCCCUUCUUGUGGAGCUUGCUGCCAGAUGGUGGGGACCCUGCUCAGCCACCUCGCGAGGCUCAAGCAGCAGCAGCAGCAAAAGCUGCCGCUGCUUUUGCUGCAGGUGCAGUCCCUGGGGGAGACCCAGGCUCACAGAGUCUGGCUGGUGCUGUCAUGCUGCAGCUGAUCCACAGCGCUCCCACAGCUGUUACAGAUGUGCUAGUACAAUUUUUGCGGACUUCUCCUUUGGGGCAGUUUGAGGGACGGCUGCGAUGCCUCGAAGCGGCUAGUUUUUCCAGGCGCUUGCUGCAGCAUGAGCAGCAGCAGCAGCAGCGGCAAGCGGCCACUACUGGUUCGGGAUCCUUGAGCAAAAUGGGAGAGGCAGACGCGCUGCAGGGUGAAGCUGCCUGUAGAGAGUCAUGUGGAGCAGAGGUGGUGACUAUCGCUAUGGCUGCUGUUGCGAGGUUUGCUGUUGCUUCGGGGUGGCGGCGCGCAGUGCAGCAGCAGCUGCAGGAGGGCCGGAAGGAGAUGGAUACUGCAAUGAGCACGUUGGCAUCUCUUGCGCGCUGGGACAUUUCCAACAGAGCCACAAUGAAAGAAUCCGUCCAUAGGACUCACGUCCAGCUUGCCAAACACAUUCGCAACUUUGACGGCUGCCUACAACAAUUGAUGCAGGCAGCCACAGGACCCUCUCAAGCCCGUUUGCAGCAGCAGCUCGUUGCUGCUGUGCUGUCCUUGCCUCUAGAGUCACCCUUGACUGCUGCGCGGCUGGCAGCAGAGAAGAAGGCAGGUCUUCCAAACAAAAGCAGCGCGCAUUCUGCUUCUGCACCAGCAGCAGUGUCAUCAGCAGCAGCAGAGGGAGCACCAGCAGCCGCAGCAGCAGCAGAAGUUGUGCAGGUGUUCUUAAAGAGCUGUUUGGGUCUGACUGAUACGGAUGCUGUGGAGGCAGCGCCGGUGCGAGACCUGCAUGCAUUCAGCAGCGAAUCGACAAGUGCAGCAGAAGUAGCGCUUGACGUGCAAGCCUUCUGCCAGGAGUUUGCUGCUGCCAUAAAGGAGGCCCAUGCAGCAUCUGCAGCAGCAGCAGCCUCGGAGCAGCAAGAGGAAGAAGGCCAUCCCCAGUGUGGAGCUGCAGCAGCAACCUCACCAAAACCAAUAAAGAUCACACGACAGCAAAUGCUUAGACAAUUUGCAUACUUCCGGUCGAUGCUGCGCAACGACCUUAAGUUACCAUGUCUUUCAAUGUGCGGGAACGCACAAGGCCUCUUUGCUGCAGCCCUGAACGACGACAGCGGCCUGCCGGGGCCCCUGGCUGCCCCCCAUCCGCUGCAGCACGCAGCUUCUCUGCAGCAACACGACACGGCGGCCCGGGCAUCAGCAACACUAAAACGCGUGAAAGGGGGCGAGGGAGGCAUGGCUAGCUGGUUAGCGAAAGCCCAAACAGCAGCGGGCACUCCGAAAUCUGUCGGAGACCUCCUAGGCGACACAUGGUCAUCUGCUGCUCAGCAGUGGUAUUUGAUGCUGCAGAUGCUGCUGCAGUGUCAGGAGCAUUCUUCACCACACAAGGACGUGGCAGCUUACCGUGACGGCUUAUUGGGUUUUGCUGCUGCGCUGCUGCUGCAUGCGCUGCAACAGCGGAGACGCUGCUGGCAGGCCGCGGCAGAGUUUCAGGAGCUGGCGGAUGCUGCCGCUGUCUCAUUGGCGGCUCCUUCUGUCUCAGUCCCUGCUGAUGCAGCUGCUGCUCUACUGGACGCAGCAGAGACGCUGAAGGAGGGUCUAAGACAGGCCCGCGCAGUGCUGCCAACUGUGCACGAAGCAGCCGUGCAGAAUGACGCGCUUGAAAUUGCCUUCGCCGUUCGCGACGCGUCUGCAUCUACUUCGGGCAUUUGUGGGGCUGCUACAGGUGCCCUCGGAGUUCCUGGUGAAGCUGGUGCUGCUGCAGCUUCAGCGGAUGCUGCUGCAACAGUGGAAGCAGACGAGAAGCGGACACUGCUGCAUGACGUGGAGCAUAUACGCAGGGCGAGAAACGUAGUGACCAAGGCACUGCAGGAGUUGGAGAAGCUACAGCAACUGCUACGGGACACUCCCGAGGCGAGGCGUCUUGCUUCAGCUCGCAGAGUUACUUCACCAGAGGAGCUCCAGCACUGUAAUGCGCGCAUGCGCGUGCGGGUGCAGUGGCUGGAGGGCAUUAGGGCUGCCUGCACUGCGGCAGUGGAGCCCCUGAAGCCAGCGGCGGGCCUGAAAGGCAAGGGGGAAAAUGCCGAUGUGCUUUCAGAUAUACUGCCAUCGCAUGCAGCAGCAGGUCUUCGGAAGGCGUGUACUGCACUGCAGGCAAGGCAUGCUGCUCUUGCUGACGCAGCUGCACUUGCUGCUGCUCAGGAGAAAACGAAAAACAGAGACGGGCGGCUGGCUGCAACGCUUGAAGCACUUCGCAAGUCCCUUAAAGAAUGCGGAGGACAAGCCUCGCAGGACCAGGAAGUCGACAGUCUUAUCCAAAUUCCCAGCAGAAGUGCUGGAGACGUGCUGCCGUUGCAUAAAGACGAGAAAGAGUUGCAGCAGCCUGUGUUUGAUAGCCUGCCCUUGCCCCCCCUCGAUUGUCUGUUUCCCUUCAAAGCCUGCACUGCUGCAGUUGAUGCGUUCGGCACUGCAGCGCCGGCGUAUCUCUCUUGCCCGCUGCUGCAGCGUGGGGCUGCUGCUGGCGCUGCAGCAGCAGCAACUACAGCGGCAGCUGCCAGAGGCGUUGCGUUGCAGAUGCUGCAGCGGGCUGCUGCUGUCGUGUUGUCCGCCUUCGAUGCUCUGGAAGGAACAACUCGGCUGUGCCUGAGUUUCGUGCAGCUGCUACUAGUGCUGCUGGACAUUGGAUUUGGGCGUUUGAGUAACGAAGAGGAGGAGGCAGCAGCAUCUGAAGCAGCAAGGCCACAGAAACAAAAGAAUGAAUUGGAAUCAGGUACAGGACUGGGGGAGGGAGAUGCACUCCGGGACGCUGAAGAACCUCCCCAAGAUGAGUGGCAAUUCGACGGUCUUAAAGAUGAAAAGGCAGACCCUCACCAGAAACCUCCCGAAAAGCCCAAGACAGAAGAAGAGGACAAGGCGCUGGAGGUCUCGAUGGACUUCGAAGCAGAGCUGGAGGCCCUGCCUCCGAAACAAGACGGAGAGAAGCAGCAGGAACAGCAGCAGGGGGAGGAACAACUGGAAUCGGCUGCGGGGCACGUGGACUUGGAAGAAGGGGGCAAGCUAGAAGACAAGAGAUGGAUGGGAGAGGACAAUUCGGAUGACGAAGCAGAGGGAGACAAAGACAAAAACACGCCACAGAAAGAAAAAAUAGAGACUGAAGGAGGAACGGGGCUAGGGGAAACUGAAUUGGAGGCUGCGGAGGACCCCACCGACGAAUCCGCCAGCAAUGACACAGACCCAACAGACAAGCAACAGAAGAAGCAGCAGCAGCAGCAGCAAGAGGGAGACGAUGGAGGUGAAUUGGUGGACCCCAAAGCAGACGCGAAAAAGGAGGAAGAGCAGCAGGAGCAACCUGUUUACCACCAGAAGCUGCGGGGCCGCGAUCUUGGGACAGAAGAGGAAUUAGAUGGUGAUGCGGAGGAGGAGGGGGCUGGAGAUGAACCCACGGAAGAGACACAAGACACAGGUGACGCAGCCGAUGAAGACGGAUGCGACCAGGACCAGCAGCAGCAAGAGCAGCAGAAGGUCACGGGGGAAGGCGCUGCAGAGGGAUGGGGAGAUGACAUGCAACUUGACGAAGGGGCCCUUGACGAGGAAGGUGACGAGGGGGAAAACGGUGGUGACUCUCCUGGGGAGGAUAUGGAGGCCCAAGAGGAAACAGGCGAUGCAGCAAACCAGGAAGAUAGUGCUGCAGCUGAUGCGGCAGAAGCCAGCAGCAGCACGGGGGAUGACGUAGCGGCCAACGACGAGGCAGCAACAGACCAGCCGGAGGCACAAGAGCAGCAGGCAGGGGACCCACAGCUGCAGCAACAGGAAAAUCUAGACUCUGAAAAUGCUGCAGAGGGAGAAGACAACAAUGAUGCUCCCGACGCAGGCACGUCGGAGGCGCCUGAAACAACUGAAGACACAGAAAAUAUGGAGACAGAACAAGCAGAAGAGAAAGAAGGAAACGAAGAGGGGCCUCAGCAUGACCCAUCAAAAGAGGGUCUUGCUGCGCCCCUAGAAGAGGAGCCGCCAGCAGAUUCUUCAGAGCCCCAAAAGCCACCAAAGUCAGGACAGGAAAAGGAGCGGAUGGCUUUCGGUAUAGAAGGCGAAGGCAGCCUUGUGCAGCGCGAAGCAAUGGAAGAGGAUGAAGACAACGGAUUCGACGUGGGGAACAAUGCUGCAGACAACUGGGAUCAGGGAGGAGCAGCGGAUGCUGCUGCUGCAGGAGCAGCAGGCGGCUCCUUAAGUCGCAGCAGCGCAGCCGACGGUCUGCAACGACAAGAAAAGUCGCAGGCAGCUCGCGAGCAGCCCAGUAUGAUGCCGAAUAACCCGCUGAAUGACGACAGCGCAGUGGAGCGGUGGCUGCAGCAAGUGCAUUUGCUGCAGCAGCAAGAGCACGAGCAGCAAGGGGAGGAGGAAGGAGAGGCGCCUGUGAGCUUCGAGGGCGCUGCAGCAGAAGAGAAAGCACAGCUCGAGAAUGAUUUGCAGCGGGGACAGCUCUGUGCUCAAGACAACGCCACGGGGACCCAUGAGGCCUUUGCAGAGACAACAGAAACACAAGCAAACCAACAGCCGCCCCAAGCCAAACUGGCGGAAUCGGACAGCAAGGAAGAGGAAGAGGGCAGAGAGAAAAAUCUAGACGAAAUGGAACACGGUGAGAAGCUGCUGUCUACCACUGCCACGGCUGAUCCGCUAAAAACCCAGCAGGAGGAAAAGCCCGAAGAGCUGCCUGUGCAGCCUGAGGGGGACAACGCCGAAGCAAUGGAUACAGAUAACUUGGACACAGCGGAGACAGAUUCGCAAGGGGAGGCUUCUGAAGAACUGUUUCAGCGACUUAGUGGUUCGCCGCAGACAGACGGCGCAGCAGACGGCGCCUGGGAGCAGCAGCAGCAGACACAGCCGCAGCAGGGGCAGCAGCGACAGGGCCACGAGGCUGAAGAGGAUGAGGAGAAGAGAUUGGAAGAAAUGGAGACCGACUUCAAUGAGAGACUGUCUCUUGAUAAUGUUGGAAAAGAGGGACUCUCUCCUGAGCAUGCAGCAGCUCUUUGGCAUCUACUGGAGCGCCGCACAGCGACUGCUGCUGUGGCCCUCAGCGAGUCGCUGCGUCUCGUACUGCAGCCCACAGCAAACGGGGCCUGGGAGGGGGGCUACAGAACAGGCAAAAAACUGAGCCUAAGGAGGGUGCUGGCUUACAUCGCCUCCUCGCAGCGCGACGACCGGCUGUGGCUAAGACGCAGGCGGCCAAGGGGCCUCCGCUACCGUGUCCUUGUGGGUAUUGACUGCAGCAGAUCUAUGCAGCAGCUGCAAGCAGCAGGGAGCGCAUUGGAAGCCAUUGUGCUGCUCUCACAGGCGUUUAACCACCUACAGAUCGGCACCGUUAGUGUCUGCACUUUCGGGGGACCCAAGCCCGAGGUCUGCAUUCACCCUACCGCACAGGUCUCUGCAGCAGACGGCCAGCGGCUGCUGCAGUCCUGCAGCUUCAGGGAGGAGUCACACAAAAGCCACGAAGUGGCCAUCUCUGACUUGCUGCAGCUGGCUAUCCAUGAACUGGAGCAAGACAGCAGCAACAGCAGCAGCAGCAACAGCAGCAUGGUCCUCAUUCUGUCAGACGGAAGGUUCAACAAGGAGCAAACCAGGCCUUGGGUAAACGCAGCGAUUGCGAGGCGCUGCAUUCCUCUGCUGCUUAUAUUGGAUCCCCAGAAACAGCAAAAACAGGAUGAGAUGCGGCUUCCUUGGAGUAUAGGGGCUUCAGGAACCCCGGGGGUCCCAAGUGCAGCAUCUGGGUACAGCACCAGCAUAUUCGACCUAAAGCAGGUGCAACACCAGCCAGGGGGAGGCUUGGAAAUAACGCCUUACUUGCAAGACUUCCCCUUCCCCUACUAUGCUGUUGUAAGAGACACAGCACAACUGCCAAGUGUUCUCAGCGAUAUCAUUAGACAGUGGGUAGAAGCUGCUGCCAGCGGAUGGUAG